AUGUAUUGGAUAUUCCUCCUUUUCGCCUCUACCAUAAAGUCUAUCACAGCUUAUCAACAAUGUAGGACGGAAGUAAACAUACAAGGAAUGGCUCUCAAGCGCUCUGUCUUCAAAAGAUGGUCAGUGGCGGCUCCUCACCUCUGCGAUGUCAAAUGUGGACAAGAGAUCACGUGCCAAAGCUAUAACUACAAUAGAAAAUACCAAAUAUGUGAACUAAAUAACCGCACCAAGGAAGCGAGACCAGAUAAUUUUCUUUCAGCGCCCUCGUGGUUUUACAUCAGGCGAUUGAACGACAGAGCUCCUUUGGGUUCUAGUCCUGAAUUACCGGCGAUAUCCUGUCUCGAAAUAAAGGCGAGUGAAGGUAAAAACACCAUCAGCGGCAAGUACUGGCUGGAUCCAACAGGCGCUGGGAAGGCAAUAUUGAUUAACUGUGAUAUGGCUAGCGGGGAUAUGGAUGAAUGUAAAUAUAAUAUCAGUGACUGCGACGUGAAUGCAAACUGCACUAACACGUACGGUUCUUACAAAUGCAUUUGUAAAGCGGGAUACACUGGUGAUGGACACUCAUGUUCAGCCGACCUGUGUUAUUAUCACCAAAGCCUGAGUGAUGCCAGUAGAAAGAGCAGUUACAAAACACUCCAGAACCAAGAAGUGUGUGACAACCAACUCCUUGGGGGAUGGUAUCGUUUUGUGGGAGCUGCAGGAACAAAAAUGCCAACAACACGUGUGCAACCAUUCAGAUGCGGUACAUACUGGUCAGGCUGGUUGAAUGGUAUUCAUCCUACAGUGGAAGAUGGUGAAGUUUCCAGGAUGGUCUGCUUUAGUGAUAAACGUGCUGAUUGUCGACACACAAAGCUAAUUUCUGUGAAAAACUGUGGAUAUUACUAUGUAUACAAACUUUCCAAGACACCUAUUUGUCCUUCUCGCUACUGUGGCGCAGACUGA